CACGAGGAUCAUUCUCUGUUGUACACUUGGCCAAGCAACAUCGCAGCAACAUAGCAUCAUAUCUGUAAAAGAAACUAUGAAGGAAGCAGCUGUACUGUUACAUAUUGUCACAUUGAUGGCAUGUCUGAUGUAUAUCAACACUCGCACGCUCAAUGUCAACAACAACAUCACCACGGACAACAACAACACCAGCAACAAUAACAUUGACGAUGACGUUGAGAGCAACACCAAAAUAGGGACCUCUGAAUCUCCAGUUGUUUCACCCAAGACCUGUACCAUGAAUUCGACUCAUUGUGGAAGCGAUGAAACGUGUGUAAAAUACAACAGUAGUUUACAGUGCCGUAAGUUAAGUGGCAAAGAACAGUACUUUUGCAGCCUCUGUGUCAAUGGUUUAUGUGACUUUGACAAGGACGAACAUAUGUCAUGUUAUUGCAAACCACAAUGGACAGGAGAAUACUGCUCUGAGCCUUGCCUGAGGGACUGCACAAUUGGCAAUUGUAUUUUUGAAGGAAACGAAGAAUAUUGCGAAUGCCCAGGCAACUUUACGUCUUCUUCGAACUGUACAAAACAAUAUAACGAUGGCAGGAACUGCGGGACUCUGUUUAACAUCAAGCGCCAGUCCUUUUAUACUGUUUUUAUUAUGCCUAUCCUAAUAUCUGUUUUAACGAACUUUUCCCCCACAACAGCUAUUCUUUUGUAAUUUGUCCUUGUAAUGUCCCAUCAGCUAUUAAUUGACUUUGUGGUUAAGGUGGCGAUCUGGCGAAUUGGCAAGAUCGUUAGCACGCCGGACAAAAUGUUUAGCGGAUUUUGUACUACUUUACAUUCUGAGUUCAAAUGCUGAUACCACCGAUGCUGAUGUUGACUUUCAUCCUUUCAGAGUCGAUAAAAUAA